GAACCCCGUGGUACUAGGAUGAGCCUUCAAUUAGCUGACCGAUCUGUCGUGCAUCCUAGGGGCAUAGUGGAAGACCUUCUGGUUAAGGUUGGCAAAUUCAAUUAUCCUGUUGAUUUUGUGAUUUUGGACAUAAAUGAGGAUGUGGAUGUGCCAUUGAUACUAGGAUGGCCUUUCCUGGCCACCGCCAAGGCCCUUAUAGAUGUGCAUGAUGGGACCUUAGUUCUGAGGGAUGGUGCGGAGCGAAUAACGUUUUCAAUUUCUAAUACUCUUCCUGCUUCUUCACCUCUGCAUGAUGUAUCUCACCAGGAGCACGAGUCUGUCGUGUAUCCUUCUGCGUUUCCUAUUUUGCAGGAUCCGCAUCCCAUACCUUCGCCGCCACUCCCAUCCACUCUGUCACCGAAAGAACAGAUCAAGGAGGAGUGGCGGCCGAAACUGCAUGCAGCUAAGCCUGCUCGAAAUAAGGCCGGAGACCACUACGAGCUGGUCCCGCCCCCACCUUGGCCAUCCGAGUAUUCACUCGCUUGCAUCCUGCCGGAUGGCCAAGUUGAGUUGGCAAAUGCUGGUGGCCACAUUCGUCGUGUGCAUGGCCACCAUUUGAAGCUUUACCUCAAGAGCGAGGUGGAUCCGCUCUUGAAGGAACCUGCUCCUUCACCUCACUGAGCAUCCACCGACUGGCGUCCAGCUAAAAGACGGUAAAGAAGCGCUUGUGGGGAGGCAACCCCACCUAGGUUUGCAUUUUCUCACCUUUUUCCUUUUGAUUUUUUUUUGUGUUUUUUUUAGUCUUGAGGGGUUGUUCACGAGUUGUAUGUCGUUCUGGAGUGAAAACAGGUCAAUUUCGGAGUUCUGGCAGCUCACACGUCCAGCCCUGAAUGUCACACGGCCGUGUGGAAAAUGGAUUUGGCCGUGUGAGCUCUCGUAGAAUUCCACACGGCCAGCUGUUACAUUGACACGGCCGUGUGGAAUUUCCCCCAGGCCGUGUUUGCUCUCGCACAAUUUGGCACGGCCAAAUGUGCAAUCGGCACGGCCGAGUUAAAUUUCCUCGGCCAGCCCGUGUCGGCCGACACGGGCAAAGGUGUAGCUAACACGGCCAUGUGAGCUGGUCGUGUGGCCGAGCCAGGGGCUAUAAAUUCGGCCGACACGGUGACAUCGAUCUGGACAACCUCGGCGACGAGUAGGCUGUACUUGUCGCCCCCUCAGUUUGUGUUUUUAUUUUAGACUUUUUUUCUGUUUGCUCCAUGUGUUUGAGGAGCUUGAACUGAGUUUGUCGUGUGUUUUGUUUCUUUUCUUUUGUGGAUUGUUUCUUUUGUGGCCAUCUUGGCCAACUCUCAUCCCUAACGAACAUUUGCUAGUGUGUUCUUGAUGUUCCCUUAGUGCAGAACUGUCCGUUUGUUCCCUAUGUCUCACGCUGACUGGUCCACUUCCAGUCUCCCGCAGCAUUUCAAUCCGGUAACAUCGUUCCCCUUCUCUAUUCCUCUGCUCCAUUGAGGGCAAUGUCGUGCUUAAGUGUGGGGGGGUGCUUUGUAUCGGUUGGAAUGUAUAUACGUGUGCUUGGAGCCUAGUCCACUGUCCAAAUCUCGAGAUUUGAGGGCUCCAAGUACGGCUGUUUGAUCAUAUUGGCACUGUGUUUGAUUGGUGAAUUGAAUGGUUUUCGGAUUAAUGCAUGACAACUGGAUGGUGACUAGGACAACCUAUAAUGAUGACUGAGACGUGCAGUAGAAUUGUGUAGGGUUCAGUUUUUCAACUGUUUGCUUACCAACUGUGACUUGGAUUGAUUACUUGUUCUUGACAGUCUCUUAUGCAUCUAGUUCAGGGAAUCAUAAUGAGAGAUAGAGCAUAUAGGUAGCCAUGUGAGAUUUGAGCCUGCUCGUUUCUUUCUUGUGCGAUAGUUCCCUCUUCCAUGAUGUGUAGCAUUCACGUUGUCAUUAGCUAAGAUGAUGGAGGCAUAGGAUUAGCCCACGACCAAAUUGAUUUUCCUAGUGUGUCAUACCCCCUAGUCAGCCCCUUUGAGUCGUGUGUUAUCCUUUCUUUCGGUCUUCAAUGAAAAGUCACCCUUUUG